AUGAGCGACACCUAUUUGAAAAGUUAUAUCUCUGUUAUCCAUUAUGGAUUUCGUUUCUUUGAAUAUCUCCGCGUUGUCUUCUUUCAUAUUGAAAUGGCUUCGAUCAUCAAUCGAUGUUUUUCCAAUGCCAAUUAUGUUUUCUCAAUGAAAUGUAUUCGUUCCAUGUCAACUGAUCAUCAUCGUCGUUUGAUGCUAAUGAACCUCCCUCAGAUCGCAUCACCAAAUCUAAUCCAAAUGAUGAAAAAUAUCUUUUCUCGAAUGGUCAUCAAUGGCUCCUUCGAUUCCACAUUUGCAAUCAAACCAUUUUGCCAAGGCGCUCGACAAGCACUAAUUAUCGUUUCGCAUCUGGUUGGCAACGGUCAAUUUGAUGAUCUGCCUGGAUUUGUCAGUCAAGAAGCUAUUCAUGAAGUCAAACAAAAUUACAUACAAUUAUCGCAUCAACAACGACGACAAAUACCUGUUGAAGACAAUGAAAUCAUUUUCUCAUAUCCCUAUUCGAUUGCCAUGCCUUUCAAUGAACAGACAAAUACGCGUAUGAUUGAAAUUUCCAUGAUUUUUCAUAUUCUCAAAGAUCCAGAUGCUUAUCGAGAAGAAAUAAUGCAAAGUUCAGAUGCUAGUGUGGCUGAUUGGUUAUCCAAAUUACGGAAAAUGCGUAAUGAAAUCAUUGUUUGUAAUUAUAAAUUUUUACGCGACACCAAUCGCAAUUCGACAGAUAAUAGUUGGAUUAUAACCGGUCUUAAUCACUGGUUGCCCAACGAGUAUUUUCAUUAA